AUGCUAACAAUUCUAUCUUACACUUUAGUAUUAUCUUCUCUCUCUCUCUCUCUCUCUCUCUCUCUCUCUCUCUCUCUCUCUCUCUCUCUGUAUUGUCUUUCUGCUUGUCUUCCCCUACUCAGUUAUAUUUAUUGUUUUUCUUCCUCAUAUUUCUCACCCUCUCUCAAUCUAUCUCAUUUCUUUCUUUCUUUUCUCUCAUGUUAUGUAUCUUCCUCUCUCUCUCUCUCUCUCUCUCUCUCUCUAUCAUUCUUUACCUUUUUUCUUUUUAUUCACCUCUCUAUCAUUCUUUACAAUUUCUCUUUUUUUCUCUUUCUGUCUCUUUCAUUCACUCUCCUUAUUUUACUUCUCCCUAAUUCUUCACUUUAUCUCUCGGCCUCUCACUCUUUACCUUUUAUCAUUAUCCUUUUCCUUCUCUCUCUUUUAUUCAUUACUCUUUCUCUUUAUUUUCACCACUCUUGUAUUUUUAUUCUUUCAUUAUAUAUUUCCCCUUCUCUCUCUUAUUUACUCGCUUUCCUUUUCUGUCACAUGUUUUACCGCUUCUUUCUCACAUUUAUUACUAUCUCCCUUUUAUCUCAUUCUUUACUCUUUCUAUUUUUAUCCUCUACUCUCUCUCUCUCUCUCUUCUUCUUCUUCUUCUUCUUCUUCUUCAAACAUUCUCUUUCUCGUUCAUUAACUCUAAUGCUCUCUCACACUCUCUUUUUCCUAGUCUCGCUUUCCUCAUUCAUACUUUCUCUCUCUUUUUAUUUUCUCUCCCUCAUUCUUUUCCUUUCUCUUUGUCUUUCACUUUUUCUCUCGUCUUUUCUAUUUCCUUUCUCUUUUUUCUUCCCUCUCUCUCUCUUAUUUCUUUUUCUUUCAUCUCUCUCUCUCUCUCACUCUUACUUAUUACUUUCCUUCUCUCUUUACCUUUCGCAUUUUCUCUCUUAUAACCUAUUUUCUUUCUCUUUAUCUUUUGUUUCCCUUUCUUUCUUUCUUUCUUUACAUUUUUUUUAUUUUUACUCUUUAAUUAUCUUAACUUUUCUUUCUGGAUUUGGCUUUCGUCAUUUCCCUCCCCCUUACGUCUCUCUCUCCCUCUCCCUCUCCCCUCUCGUCUCCCUCUCCCUCUCCCCCUCCCCCUUUCUUUCAUUUUCUCUCUCUCUCUCUCUUUUAUAUUUUUCUUAUUAUGUACAUUUAAUCGCAUCUCGAUCUAUAUAA